GACACUUUCCCGUAUCCAGGGUCACACUGCAAGAAUACUCAAGACUGCAUUGCUGAAAUCUCAGCAGAUUCUCUAUCACAGAGGGCUUUGGCAACUAAACCAAGUCAUUGAGAAGAAAGUACCAGAUGCCAGUCUGCAAGUUCUACUAACUAGUAUUACCGGAGACACUCAUUUCCUUCAGAAUCAACAGAAUAACCAGGACCAUGGACACAUCUGGUGUCAACACCACCUCAGCCAAUACCACCUUCUCCCCUGGGAUCAGGAGCCUGUGCAGCAGAGACUACAAGAUCACCCAGAUUCUCUUCCCAUUGCUCUACACUGUCCUGUUCUUUGCUGGGCUCAUUACGAACAGCUUGGCAAUGAGGAUUUUCUUUCGGAUCCCCAGUAAAUCCAACUUCAUCAUUUUUCUUAAGAACACAGUCAUCUCUGAUCUUCUUAUGAUUCUAACUUUUCCAUUCAAAAUUCUUAGCGAUGCCAAACUGGGAGCCGGGCAUCUGAGAACCCUGGUGUGCCAAGUUACUUCAGUCACAUUUUAUUUUACAAUGUAUAUCAGUAUUUCAUUCCUUGGACUGAUAACCAUCGACCGCUACCUGAAGACCACCAGGCCAUUUAAAACUUCCAGUCCUAGCAAUCUCUUGGGUGCGAAGAUUCUUUCUGUUGUCAUCUGGGCCUUCAUGUUCUUACUUUCACUGCCUAACAUGAUUCUCACCAACAGAAGGCCAAAAGAUAAGGACAUAACAAAAUGUUCUUUCUUAAAGUCAGAGUUUGGUCUGGUCUGGCACGAAAUAGUCAAUUACAUCUGCCAAGUCAUUUUCUGGAUUAAUUUUUUAAUUGUCAUUGUUUGUUACAGCCUCAUUACAAAAGAACUCUACAGGUCCUAUGUCAGAACAAGGGGUUCAGCCAAAGUGCCCAAGAAAAAGGUGAACGUCAAAGUUUUCAUCAUCAUUGCUGUGUUCUUUAUUUGCUUUGUUCCCUUCCAUUUUGCACGGAUCCCCUACACCCUGAGCCAGACCCGGGCUGUCUUUGACUGCAGUGCCGAGAACACUCUGUUCUACGUGAAGGAGAGUACCCUGUGGUUAACAUCCUUGAAUGCCUGCCUUGAUCCAUUCAUCUAUUUUUUUCUUUGCAAGUCUUUCAGAAAGUCCUUGACCAGCAUGCUGAGGUGCUCAAAGUCUGCACCAACAUCUGGGGCAAACAAGAACAAAGGACAGGAAGGUGGAGACCCAAGCGAGGAGACCCCAAUGUAGAGCAUUACCCCAGGGGCUGCUUCAGUCUUUAGUGUCCAGGCUCCUCCAAGGAAAUCACCGCACAAAUAUAUAUUAACAUUCACUAAAAGGAAGCUGAGUUAAUGACCCUUUAAAUAAGCAAUCCCUGUACAUACAUGGGAAAAACCCUAGUCUAUAGGCAUAUAGUAAACUACAUCCCAUUACUAUACUGCAGGCAAACCAC